AUGUCACAGGAAGAAGUCGAGCGCGGACAAUUCGACCGCAGCCUCCGAAUUUGUAUCGGAAAACACGACGAAACCCGUUGGCACUGCAAUCGCAAUCGACCCCGCAGUGGCCCGCGGUCUCUCGGUCCGCACAUCGACAUCCGCGGGUUGAUGUCGACGCCGCGGCUGUGCGGCGUAAUGACUGACGACGAGAUCGCGCACACGAUGCGUACGGACCCAGCAUGGCCGUCCACGCCGCGCGGCUGCCGGCUGCGCAUUACUUUUACCGAGCACCGAACCCAUGAUGGCGACGGUGAUGGUGAUGACGACGACGACGGCGUGAUAGAUGAGUGGGAUAAGGAGAACCUGACGUGGGAAAUGCAGAGAAUUACUGGCAAAAGCACGACGAGGGUGGACCUGACCUCCGUCGACCCAUGCGUACGCCUGGACGACAACGGCGUCGGCACCGCGUUUGUGCUGAGCCUGGGGCUUCGGGUCGAGACGUGCUCAGAGGGCCGCGUGGCGCAGGUGACGCUGGAGGAGAACCUGGAGAGGUUCCGCGUGCAAGUGCCGCCGUCGCCGCUGAAGUGGGCUCACAGCAGCUUUGUCACGCUCGCGAAGGUGUUUAGCGUCAUCGCCGUGGCGCUGGAGCGCGUAAAUUUCCUCGGUCUCCGCACGGAGACGGAACAGGCACUGGAGAAAGCGAGAUCGGCGAUUCAAGAUGCGCUCGUGCUAAGCGUGACGGCGCGGAAAACCGACACCGAGUUGCAGGCCGCGGCGCCGGUGCUGCCGUUUCUGCCGCUCGGUCGGCUAUGCGGCGGCGGUCAGCAUAUCACCUUGGAGCGCUUGCAAGGAAUAGUGUCCAGAGCUAUGCCGUAUUAUGCCGUGGCUCCGAGGGGGGAAGUUCACCAAGGCACAUGCGGUUGUCUCUUCCCUGUUACAGAGGCCAAGAUUACUCCCCGGAGAUUCUACGAUGCCCUCCGGAGCAACGAGGCGCGGCUGGAGGACAAGAUUGUGGCGUUAUCCGCCUCUGAACACGUGGAUGGCUACAUACCACUCUCGUACCCUUGGGCAUCGUACGGCUCUGAAGACCUGGAAAAGAUCAUCGCGACGGCCCACAAGGCGCUGAAGCAUCGGUACUACUGGGUUGACCGGUGGUGUAUAGACCAAGAAAGCCAGGAGGAUAAAGAAAAGGAGGUACCAAAGAUGAAAGACUACUACUCCAACGGCGAGUGCACUUUGAUUCUUCCUGGGAUGGCAUUUCCCAUCGAGCUCUCUCGCUUGAGCAGCGAGGGCCGGAAGGUCCGAUUGUACAAGCCGAAGCUGGUGCAGCAGGUUAAGCAGGUCUGGGAGAACUGCGAGUGGAGACGACGCUGCUGGACAUUGCAGGAAGCGAUGAUGAGCAAGCAGUGUACGUUCUGGACGGGUCAUGAAGAGACCCCAUUUAUCGAUUGCUCACAGCUUAUCGGCGUUUUACGCAGUUCGGCAUUAGGCAAUCACUACAUCAGCACCGUCCCCCACCGCUCGAUGGAGGUAGGCUGUGUGGACAAGACGACAUUGGUUGGCAUGUCAGCAGUGGUCGCCGGCUCGACGGAGGAAUCGAUCUAUCAACGAAGCGUAGUUAGAUGCUCCAACCAUGGAACCAUCACCGACGCGAACGCCCACUUACGCCCCUUGGCUGUGCUUCUGGAUAAGCUUCGCGGUCGGGACGCCACAAUGGAGUUGGACGAGUACUACAGCUUGUUCUCCAUGGUAUCAGACAAGCUUCCCGCGGUAGAUUACAGCAUCAACACUUUCCAACUUAUAGAGAGGGUGGUGAACAGCGGCGCUUUGGGUGCAAAUCUCCUGCUGACCAGUACCGGGCGAGGCUCUGGCAACAACGGCGGCUGGGUGCCUCGCAGGUGUGUCCAGCGGGAAUAUUCAAUGAUGGGAACGGAGAUCAAUGCUGUGCAUCCGCGCAUCUUCGAUGGUGCGAUGGUCGUCAAGGCGAAUUUGGUUACAAUGCGGCCUGGCGACAACGACAGCGACCACUUUGCCGCGGGCACCCACAUAGUCAUGGUCCAGUCUCACCCACGAGCCAUCGGGGGCGAAGCGGGCGAAGUUGAUUUGUAUGGCACCAUACAGCCGGCUCACUGGCCACCGACGAAGUUCACCAGCGGUUUGAUACUCCUGGCCACCGAAGAACAGCAGCCAGGGGACCAUCGCCUGAUAGACGCCACCGUCGUGGACAACAUGACACAGGACCGGUUUUUGCUGAACCAUCAUCUGGGAAUAGGCCAGCCAGUCCGUCUUCUCUAGUUGCAGUCGAUAGAUGGGUCAAUUAAUACACGUGGCUAAGGCAAAGCCAGCGCAUGAUCCACUGCAGUUUGCAAGAGCCGACAGUCUGUGUAUGAACUUGUAAUCUUAACACUGUUUGCUAGUCAGUGUUCCAAGAGACGAGAC